UCCCCCGAGGGUAUAAGAAGCGGGGAGUGCGAGGGCGGCGCUACUGUGUGACGCGGGGAGGUGGGCCGCCCGUGUGUGUGUCUGUGAGUGUGUGUGUGUGACGCCGCCCGUGACGACGCCCCUCUGCUGCCCUGCUCCUCCUGGAUGUCGUGCAGCGGCGGCCGGCCGGCGCUGUGACCCGCGCCAUUCACCAUGCCCAGGUGUUUCAUGGCUAAGAAGGCAGGGGGUGUCCUCCGCAGUACCCCUUACCCAUCACCGCCCUCCAGGGACCGGUCACCUUCGCCCAUGACGGAUCAAGGCACUGCUUCUUGGACGCCCCGGUCGCCCGCAGCGGGCGAGACCGCUCCUUCUCCUCCUCCUCCUCCUCCUCCACCUUCGGAAUCUCACCAUCACCCUCCUCUUCCUCCUCCGCCCCCUCCCCCUCCUCCUCCUCCUCAAAUGCCUCACCAUCAUCACCACCACCACCACAAUCAUCACCAUCAUCACAACAAUCAUCCCCAUCCCCUGAACCUCCAUGUCAGCAUCCCCCCUCACUCUCCUCCUCCUCCCCCUCCCCCUCCACCACCUACUUCCUCAGCAGCAGCAGCAGCAGCAUCAGCGCCCAUGCAUUACUAUGCCCCGACGGGCAUCAGCUCUGGCAAAGAAGAACAACACCAACAUGAGGCCGCUUCCUUCCACGUCUACCAAACGAGCCAUCACCACCAGCAACAGCAGCAACAACAACAUCAUCAACAACACCACCAACAACAACACCUACAACAACAUCACCACCAACAUCAGCAACAGGAACCUCCUCAGCACCACGAGCAGGAACACCACCUCAACCAGGAUCACUUAGACGAAGGAGGAGGAGGAGGAGGAGGAGGAGGAGGAGGCAGCAGCAGCAGUGCCCACUACCUUCAUCAUCAGCACAUGAAUCCUCCGAUGCCUCACCCCAAGACGGAGUUGAGAGGGGUUGAGGAGGAAAGAGUGGUUGAAGUGCACAUACCAGAAGUGGGCAGACCCCCUGACCCACAGCAGCAGCAGCGGCCUCCUCCCCCACACCACCACCAUCAUCAUCACCACUACGAACACCAGCCUGUGACUCUCAUCUACAACGGAUACAUUGCUGAUGGGCGUGGUUACAGCCCUCCCGGACCCGUAGCUUUGCCCUUGACACCAUCCCCCGACGCCCACGGUCGCGCUCUAACGCCCACGGAGAGCUUCGGCGGAAUGUCCCCCGAAGGUCUGGUAUCCUUGGCGCCACUGUGUCCUCAGUACGAAUCGCGGGCGGAAGCUAUGGAGGAACCGAUGAAUCUCACAGUCACCCGCCCACCGCCGGCGCUCUACGACCGCCCACCGGAGGAUCUCAGCACAGCCCACGCGAUCCUCGACCUGUCAACGGCCCGCGUGGCCGAGUACUCACCUCCUCACACUCCGCCUUCGCCUCACUCUCUGGAGUACCACCACCCUCUACCUCACCCGCAACACCCAUCAUCCCCCCAGCAGCCACCGCCCUCCUACCACCUCCACGACCCCGACGGGAACGUGAACGACCUCAGCCCGAAGCCGUCGGACUGCCACAACUCCAAAGCCUGCACGGUCGCGUAUACGUACGAGGCCUUCUUCGUCAGCGACGGACGGUCCAAGCGGAGGGGCAGCAGCAGCGAGGGCUCCUCCGAGAAGCCCCGGUACACCUGCUCGGAGUGCGGCAAGCACUACGCCACCUCCUCCAACCUCUCCAGACACAAGCAGACCCACCGCGACCUCGACUCCGGGAACGCGAGGCGAUGCCACGUCUGCGGGAAGGCCUACGUCAGCAUGCCGGCCCUGGCCAUGCACGUGCUCACGCACAAUUUGACGCACCGAUGCGGCGUCUGCGGCAAGGCCUUCUCUCGGCCGUGGCUUCUGCAGGGGCACAUGCGCUCCCACACCGGCGAGAAGCCCUUCGGGUGCGCCCACUGCGGCAAGUCCUUCGCGGAUCGCUCCAACCUGCGCGCGCACAUGCAGACCCACUCGCAGCUGAAGAACUUCAAGUGCAAGCGGUGCAAUAAGUCGUUCGCCCUCAAGUCUUACCUCAACAAGCACUACGAGUCUGCCUGCUUCAAGGACAUGCCCUUGCCGUCGCCAUCACCGCCGCAGCCCUUGGAGGUCGCCUGCACCUAGUAGCUGCUGUUGCUGCUGCUGCUGCGUCCUCCAGGUCACCGCCUGAACCGUACAAACCCACCGUCCCGACCCACGCCCACGCCCGCCGCCCAAUGAUUCACGCCCUCGUGGUCACCCUGGAAAGUGUCGCGCGAAGGGCUUGGGUUCUUUUCGCCCCCCUCUGCCAAAGGAGAGGUGGGGGACAACCCAGAGGUAGUAGGCUUGUGUCUGAUGUCAUAUUGGGCCUCGUGUCUGUCCUGUCUGUCUGUCUGCCUGUCUGCCUGCCUGCCUGAUGAAUGAGGAGUCACCAUAGCCGCAUCCAUGACAGGGUUUCUCUCCUCACACCCAUUCCUCCGCCGCCGCCUCCUCCUCCUCCUCCUCCUCCUCCAGCGCCCGUUCACCCUAGCCUCCUCCUCCUUCGAGGAUACAGCAUGAGCUGCUCUGAGUGAGACCGAAGAGGAGACAUCUCCAUCAGAAGAGAGUGAGAGGGAGAGAGAGAGAGAGGGGGCGGGGCAGAAUUCCAAACAAAACAAAAAUCAAGAUACUUGAUAUUAAAACUCAGGUCUGGUACACAAAUCCUCGGUGGCGCCCCUCGCUGCGUUGCCGGCUAAGAAAACAAAACAUGAUCAAAAGAUGACUGUUAUAAUUUUAGAUGUUGUUGCUAUUUUCUUCUUUAUUCUGUCGUCCAAGUGUAAUAAUAAUCAAGGAAUAAAGUCGGACCGUCAUAGGUCUCAUACCUACGCAAGAUCAAAACAACCAAAGACAGAACGAAAGUUGCUCCGAAGGUGUGUGUGUGUGUGAGGACAGGGGCGCACGUAGGAGGCGGGGGCGCCCUCAGUGGCUCUUCAACACAUUCCAAUACCCCUGAGGGCUGCCCACUUCCCAAACGCUCUGAUAUCCACCGGGUCAUAUGCUUUGAUGCUCCCAUGACGUCACAAUAACUUUAAAAAGUAGUAGUUAGGAUGAAUGCGGCUAUUGAUCGCCUAUUUAUUAUUAUUGUUAUAAUAUAAACAUUUACGGUUGAUUUUCGCGUUUCCAGUCGCCCUGUUUAAUGCUAUUUUGAAAAGGGCGGCGGCGUUUCAUAUACAACGAACCACAGUCAACGACCAAAGUAGAAAAGGGUCUUGUUAAUACUAUUAUUAAUGACUUAUUAUUAUUACUACAAGAGAGUAAAUAAAUAAACGAGUUAAAAAAAAAACAAAGCAUAACUCCUGCAUGUACAUAGAACUUUGUAUAGGUUACGAAUCUUUUUUCUUCUCAAUGCAUUCCAUACCAACAUUCCAACAUUCCAAAUGAAAUCCCACUUGAUGCCCUCAAGUGACUGAUAGUCUGCUAGUCGCCGUAGAGUAGGAACUCUCAAAAAUAUAAAAAUAAUUAAUUAACAUCAUCCGAUAUUAUUAUUAAUAAUAAUAUGAUACUGCAUAGUGAUAAGUAUUUUUUCGAGUCUACAUAACAUACAUACAAGCCAAAUAAUAGAAUAUAUUUGAUCAUAGGCAUAGGAAGCUUUCUACGAGGUUUUUUCUAUAUAAGAUAAGUUUCAUUUGGAUUAUUUCGGUCAGAGGGUGGCGUGAGAGCAGCGGCGGUUUGGUAGGGGGGGGGGAGACGGUCCCUCCCUCCCCCUCCCCGGAAAUGCCCAGCCCCAACGUGGUCUUAAGUAAGAAGGAAAAAUGGAGUAUUAGGGAUUACAAGGAAAGAGGGAGAAUCUGGGAAUUCUGGGAAUGAGUGAGAGUAUGGGAUGACAAGAAGAGUGAGAAUUCGGGAAUUUGGGAUGACAAGAUAACAAAAUGCUAAUUGGGAUUUUUGGAAAUUAAGAAUUUGUGGAAUUGACAGAGAAACAGUGCAGCCUUCAAGGUCAGAGUGAUUAACCGGUAAUUUGGAAUCUGAUUUAAUAUUUAUUUAUAUAUAAAGAAUUUUAAAUAGAGAGAUGUUGAUGAAUGACGGGACGAAUCUGUCAAGCUGAUUAUUAAAAUGAUUUUUACUGUGUGAAGUAUUUUGUAGCAUAUCUUUAAAAUGAUUGUCAUGAGAUCAAAGGGGAAAAGAAAAAACGUGAACGCACGAAAAUAUCUUUUAAGGAAAUUAGGUGAAGUAUGUUUGUAGAAUUUCGAAAUCCCUACUAGUGAAAGCAUAAAAGGGUGUAAGGGUCGCGUUUUCACCCCCCUCGCUCGGCCAUCGCUGCUCUCCUACCACGGCUCUGCCUUCCUUUGAGUGUGCGCUAGUCACGACGCUGCGGCCGAAUAUACUUAAAUAGUAAAUACUUAAAAAAAAAAAACUUAUUCUAGAAGGUAGUUUUUAAAGAAGUCUCAUUAUGCGGUGAUUCAAGGCGACACCGAUAAUGAUGAUGAUGAUGAUUUUGGAGGAAAACAAAUAAUGAUUUGACAGUGAUUUAAAGCAAUGAUUCUAGUGAGUAUUAAAAAUAAAAAACGUUCUUAGAGUAAGAGAUGGUGAUUUUGAUUCCAGGCUGGAAAUCCAUGAUGAUGUCAUAUCUUAUACCCAUUCUUAUAGUAACUGGAACUCUUUUUAAGAUUGCCUUUCCAUUUGACAACUACAGACCUGACACACACACACACACACACACACACACACACACACACACACACACACACACCUCAAACCUGUCAGUAAUACAUUAAUCGAUACUGUUUAAAUACAUGCGCGCACAGACACGCCUUUCACGGGCAUACGCUCACACAUAUACACGUGUAUGCAGAUACACAGAUGUACGCAGAAACGCGUACACGUCCAUCAAAAGCUUGACUCUUGUUUCCAGUGUUACAUGUGACUGGAGGCACAUGGUCAGUUUCUUGCACGAAGAUUUUUUUUUUUUUUUUUUCACUGUUGUAUAGUUCCUCCCUUGUUCGCUAAGUAAGUUUAUUUUUCUUAUGUCCACUCCAUAUUCAGAUAUUAUUACAAGAAAGGAAUUUGACCGGGGGACGGAAUUUAAGCUUUGUUUUUAGGAGGUCAUGAAAAUAGAGGAAACAAAAAAAGUGAAGACUGGUCAUCAGUGUAAUUUCAUAUUUAUAUAUAUAUUUAUUUCUUCACCCACAGAAAAUUCUUCAAGGAAUAUUGUUAUACAGACGAAGGAGGAAAAUUUUUAUUAAUAUCAAUGUUAUUGUUAUUAAAUUUUCCCUAUCAGGUGAAAAAAUUUGUGAGGAGUAUUGGAAUUAGAAAGUGAAGAAAGUUGUCAUCUGUGUAAUGUCAUAUUUAAGUUUUUUUUUUUAAUCAGUCUUGUCGAAAUUGCCGGAAUUAAAUUUCAUCAACUGUCAAAUUUAUGAUGAGAAUUGUGAUUCAACGGGAGUUUGGUUGUGAUAGAAGCUUCGUUUCACUAUGUAACAAAUUUUGAAUUUAUUCUUUUUAUUUACCAUCUGAAAAGCAUUACAAUUAACCCCCCCCCAUCCCCUCUGGAGGGACACCCCCCCCCCCCGGCUAUCACCCCCUUCAGUUUUCCUAGGAAACUUCAGUAUGUAACAAAUUGUGAA